AUCCUUAGCAUUCUUCUCCAGCACCACAUCUCAAAUGAGUUGAUUUUCUUCCUAUCCACUUUCUUCGCAGUCCAGCUCUCACAUCCAUACAUGGGGAUGGGGAAUACAAUGGCUUGGAUUAUUGUGCUCAUUAUCAGUUCCUUGGUGGAGCCUCAGAAAGUCCAUGAAGGCUUAAAAAGCAGAGGGGACGGAAUCAUAAGGACUCAGAGCAACCAUCCUUGCAGAAAGAAGACCUUCUGACUAAAACAUUUCAAGAAUUGGUCCAUCUGAGGGUGGCAAUGUGUAUGAAGAGGCGUUGGGGAAUAACGGGCUGGCCCCAGAUGGGCAAGAAGUUGGCGGUGUAAAUGGCCCGGCCCUGAAUGGGCCAGAUGUUCAACUGGAGGACUUUGUGGGAGCUCAUGGCGAGUACAACGAAGAAGAGGAGGAGCGGAAGUACUUCCGCCGGAAGCGUCUGGGUAUUAUCAAGAACCUCUUGGCAGCCAGCAUUGGAGGGAUGCUGACCUAUGGGGUGUUCCUAGGUCUGCUGCAGAUGCAGCUCAUCCUUCACUAUGAUGAGACCUACCGGGAGGUAAAAUACAGCAACCUGGGGUUACAGAACAUUGACAACAAGAUGCUGAUGGGCAUCAACGUCACCCCAAUUGUUGCACUUCUAUACACUCCGCUCCUCAUCAGAUUCUUUGGGACCAAGUGGAUGCUGUUCUUGGCUGUGGGCAUUUAUGCUCUCUUUGUCUCUACCAAUUACUGGGAGCGCUACUAUACUUUGGUGCCAUCUGCUGUGGCAAUUGGGGCUGUCAUUGUCCCUCUCUGGACCUCCAUGAGCAACUACAUCACCCGGAUGGCUCAGAAGUACUAUGAAUAUGCAAACUAUAAGAUGGAGCAUGUCCAGGAGCAGAAACGGGCCCCACGUGGAGCUUACAACUCCUACAUCAUUGGCUUCCAGACUGUCUUCUAUGGUCUCUUUUAUCUAUGUUUUGUCUGGGCCCAGUUUCCUAUGUAUUUCUUCCUAAGGUGGUACCUUUAUGAUAUGAAUCAUACACUCUACAAUGUGCAGCACUGUGGAACCAAGAGCCAUGGGAUUCUCACAGGGUUCAACACCACAGUUCUACAGAAACUUCCACGCAGCAGUGAACUCAUCGCAGUGGAGAGUGUGCUCAUGGGAGUGGCCUUCCUCUCCAUGCUCCUGGUGUUGAUUAUGUGUGGCUCAGCUUAUCGUCCCACCGAGGAGAUCGAUUUACGCAGCAUCGGCUGGGGUAACAUCUUCCAGCUGCCUUUCAAGCACAUGCGAGACUAUCGCCUACGCCAUCUUUUCCCCUUCUUUGUGUACAGUGGUUUUGAAGUGCUAUUCCUCUGCACAGGCUUUACACUGAACUAUGGUGUCUGCUCCAUUGGCCUGGAACAUGUGGCAUAUAUUCUGACAUCAUACGGACUCUCAUCAGCUGUCUGCUCCAUCUUCACACUUUCCAUGCUGUGGCUGCCACGUCAAGUUCCUCUGCUUGCUGGUGCUUUUGUCCAUGCUGUCCUCUCGAUUGCCCUUUUCUUCUGGGAGCCUGAGGCCCGCAGUUUAGCCGAAGCCUCCAUGCUCUACCUUGUGGCUGCACUCUGGGGCCUUGGCAGUUCCCUCAACAAGACCGGCCUCAGUGUGCUCCUAGGGAUGCUCUAUGAGGACAAACAGCGUCAGGACUUUAUCUUCACCAUCUACCACUGGUGGCAAGCCAUGGCCAUCUUUGUUGUUUAUCUGUGGUCUGGACUGCCUAUGAAGGCUAAAUUGUCCAUCUUGCUUGCUACACUGAUAGCUGCGGUAUUAUCCUACCUGUGGAUGGAACGUAAAGUAGUCCAUCUUAUCCCACACCGUCUUCCCAAGAUUCCCAAGCCACGCCACAAGAUGCGAGGCUACCGCUACCUGGAAGAUGAGAACUCUGAUGAGACAGACUCAGAGAGGGAGGAUGAGGGGAAGGAGAGUGACUCCUCAGAGGGAGAGGCACCCGCUGACCAGCAGGACCAACCUCGGCGCAGAAACAGAUGUGCCUAUGAGCAGGCCCUGGGGGAGGAGGGUGGAGAUAAUGCUGGUUAACUCCUACUGCAGCUUGUAACAUUUCUUUAAAAAUUAUUCAUUCCUAUCAACUCACUGUAUAUUUUAAAAGGUUACUUGUUUUAUUGCCUAUUACUUUUUCAUUACUUGGUUAGGUUUUGUUUUUGUUUUUAAAUAUUAGGAUUGACAAAAGAAUGAUAUCAAACUUGAAAAUCUGAUCUCAAGAUCCUGCUGAAAAUGCACUUCAGAAAUAAUAAGUAAUAUGUGGUGUAAGGAAGGAUCUAAUUAGGGGCAUAUUUAAUUAGCUCAAGUUGCUGAGAGGGGGGCCCUUACAAGUACCGCAUGAGACUGGCUCCCGAUCUGUCUACGAAGGGACUGAAUUAUCCUUAAGAAAUAGUGCACAGACAGGCUUCUUCAAUUAAAGUCUAAUUUUUAUUAAAAGGGAAAAAUCACACAGCAACACAGACAUACACACACUCAUAUAAGGCUCAGGAAAUCAAGAGUGGAAAUAGGGAAUAGUUCAAGGCAGUAAGGCUAUACUUACUCCAGUUGGCUUCUCUGGGAAUCCAGUCCAGUGGGAUGUGGAUGGGACUCAGUCAUGCAAGUGAAUGACCAGUCCAGGAGCCAGACCAGAGUUCAGAAGGACAGCACUUUCCCCUGAAAUCCAGACUGGCCCCGUGAAGAGGCAAAUCUGGGGGUUCUUAUAGGCAAAAUCUAGCCUUUGGCAAGAUGCUUAAUGGCUUGGCUGAAGAUUAGACAAAGUUGUUUGAUUGCCUGAGCAUUGUUAAGUCAGGGAGUAGCAUGGUAGUAUCAAUGGAGUUGGGUCUGACAACGGGGGGGGGGGGGGGGGGGGGGGGAGACAAGCAGGAGAAUGUGUGAGUUGUUAAGCUGAUCACUGGCCCAUCAAGUGUGAGACUAUUAACCAACAUUUUGUAUUGUUUUAAGUUUGGAAGUGAUGGCUUUCCCAUUUAGCAAUUCCCAAACCUUAUGGGGAAUUUCCAAAGUGUUGUUUUCCAGGGUUCUUGCGAGGCUGACUCAUCUGCCUACCUGACCCACUGCUUUGAGGAUAAUGGCGGAGCUACCUGGGAGGUCAGUUUGGGGCCAUGAAGGAACUCCACACACCAACAUUUUGGAAAAAUCCAGUUAUACUAACGGUGGUAUAUCCCCAUCAGUUUGUGUGGGGAAUCAUUGGUGUAUAUUUGAUUUUUUUUGUUAGUAGUUUAGUUAAGCUUUUGUUAUUUUUUGUUGAUAUUAGUUUUAGAUAUCUGUAUAAAAUUUGUUUGUGGUUGUGUUUAGACUUAAUAAAAUUAUUUUUUUUAAUGUAACCUCUUGUAAGUGGUGAGAAAAGUGUUAUUUUUAAUUAUUUUUUUCUAUGGUGAAAUUCUUUUAUUCUUCAGGAAGAACUGGCAAUAAAAUUUUGGUAUAUUUUCAUA